AUUGAUUCGUCAGUACUUUAGUACUGCGUCGAUUUCGGUUGUUUCUAUUAGUUAUGGGUACAGUUAAAGAAGGUUUUCUGUGUCCAAUUUGUGUUCAAGAUUUGGGUUCGUUUCAUGGAUUACAAAAACAUUUCGAAAGCGCACAUACAGCGGAGGAUCGAGCGGUUUUGGAUCAAAUUAAAGGUCUUUUCAGCAAGGCAAAAGUUAGAUUAUUAAAAAAAGAUGAAAUAACCAACCAUGAAGUUGCUUUGUCAUCAAAUCAUUCAAUGCAACAACAUGCUGGUCCAGUGUGGGAGUCACAAGACAUAGGCCAAACUCGAAACCACACAAGCAACUUUAAAAAGAUCAGGGAUGCUCGAAUUGAUAGAUUUGUUAUCGAAUCAAACAAGGUUUUAAUUCGGCUUGAUAAGCUUCUUUGCCAAGUUAUGAAAACUAAAAGAAAAAACACAAAAGAAUUUGAACAAACGUUGGUGCCAUGGGUGCGUGAUGUUGACGUACCAUAUUGCCCCACAUGUGGUGAUCGGUUUAACGUUGCGAGAAGACGCCAUCAUUGUAGGUUGUGUGGGUCUAUCAUGUGCACUAAAUGUUCUUUGUUCGUUCAACUAGAGUUGGCAGAAUCUAUUUCAGAUCAAUUGGUGGAAAGCUUAAGGAAAGUACCUGGUAUGCGUAAAAGAACACAAUCAGAUUUGAACCUGUCUCGUAGCGCAUCGAUGAGCUCAUCUCAAGACGAGGAGAUCAGUUUACGUUGUUGUCAUGAUUGCUAUGUUGUGCUAAUGAAGAGAAAAGACAGAUUGGAACAAGACAAAAAUAUGCCCUUGUUAGUUCUUCUUUAUGAGAAAUUACAAAGUGCAACUAAUGGGGCUAACAGCCUGGCACCAGAAUAUGAAAAAAUUGCUGAUUCUCUCAAUCAAGGUGAGGAGACUUACGAACUGGACACAGCAAAUGAAUUGCGUUUCAAGCUUAUUAAGUUGUAUGAGAAAAUUGAUGUUGUGAGUAAGAAGAUAGAGGUGCUGAACUCAGAAGAUGAAGAAUUUCCUCUUUCACCGACGACAGUUCGACUUCAAACUUCAAUACGUAGAGCUUCACAUGCUUAUUUACAAGAGAACAUGUUGACUCUUCGCUCUCUUCCCUCGUUCCCAAAACUUGAGAUCCUCCAGAAGAAUCGGAGGCAGGAGCAGGAGAAAAAGAUGAGGAGACAGAGAGAAGAAGCUGAACGACAAAGAAUAGAAGAAGAAAGAAGAGAAAUGGAAUUAGAAGCUCAGAAGAUUAGAAAUCACCAACCACAAGUUUCUAGUAUGCAUAAAAGCAGCUCCGAUGCUGUAUUAGAUAAAGGGUGGCGUGCUAACACUGUCAAUCAAAAUUCAAAUCAAUUCGGAAAUCCUUUUGAGACGAACCCAUUGUUGGAGCAGAUCAAUUAUGUUCAGCAAAUGUUAAAACAAGCAAAAUCGGAAAAUCGUUUCGAAGAAAUAGAAAGUCUAAAUCGGAACUUACGAGAGCUGGAGAAUGAGUUGAAAAGGCAGGAAAUUCGGGGUAAAAAGGUUCCUCAAAAGAAACUGCAAAAUACGAAUCCUUUUCUUAUUGAUACCCCUUCAACAAAUGGAAAUACAAAUCCAUUCUUAAUGGAUGAAACUGCUAAACCAUUCAAUAAAUCUUAUGGCAAUCCUUUUGAAGAGACUGAAGCAGACCCUGUGCUACACCAAAUAUCUUAUAUUAAAAACUGCAUUGAAAAAGCCGUGAAAGCGGGAAAGACUGAUGAAGCUAGAAUGUUAAGAGAAAACUUGGAGCAAUUGCAUUUGAUGUAUACAAAUCAAUAGUGUUAAUAAGAAAAUAUUAAUAAUUGCUGUUAAGGUAUUUAAAUCUGAUGUUGUACUGCUUUCAAUCACAGGCAUGAAGUUUUUAUACAAUAUGUAUUACAUUGUUCAUAUAUGACUGACCUGUGUUUGGUUUGAUUUUCUUCCCUUUAUACUUCAAUGAAAUUUUUCUCUUUUAAAACUAAAAGAGUCAAUAGCAGUGUUCGCAUGGUGCAUUAAUUUAUUUUUCAUGUGCAAUUUUGAUUCAUCUGAACAUAAUACAUAAGUUUUAAUGUU